ACUCAAUCAAAACGUUGUUAUUGUAAACAAAUCAACAAAAUAGAAAUUUGUAAAGAAAAAAUCAAACAAAAAUCAAAAAGAAAUGGAAACCCUUUCAAUAAAGACACUGCAAAAUUUUUGUCGAGCAUGUCUUAAAGAAUUAAAACAAAGACAGAAAUAUAAAAUAUUCAGUUUACAUUUCCAAAUACGAAGCUGGUUGGAGGACGCUACACUGGAUAAUCCCCUAGGCUCAGAUAGAUAUCCAAAUUGCAUCUGCAACUUGUGUAGAAGAAAACUUAAAGAAUUUCUCGACUUUCAUGAAAUGUGCAAGCUAUCAAGAAUAACUAUUCAAAAAAUGUUGACCAAAGAGGAAGAAGUUAAAUUUGAGAAGAAACCAAAAUCAAAUAUUGUAAAUGACCCAGAACUUGAGGAAAAUAUGUUAGCAUAUGAUGUGUUAAUAACACGCGAAGAAAGUUCUAUUAAAUCUGAGUACAAUUUUGAUGAGCCCUUGAUAUGCACAGACACAAACAAUUUAUUACCAAAUAUUGAAAAUAAUAACGAAAGAUGUUCUGGAGUUGAUAGUGACUUAGAAGAAUUAAAUAAACAGAACAUUUCUGAAGAUGGUCAAAUUGAUAGUGAGGAAUUUCAUACAGAUUCUGAAACUGAUAUUCAAAGUGAGGAUCGAAACAACAAAAUUAAUUUAAAAAAGAAAAAUAAAUUUGCAACAAAAAUCAAAAUGUUAAAUUCGAAAAUGAAAAGAAAAAGAUAUUCAUAUUCAUUUCGAUGUGAUCAAUGUAAAUAUCGUUGUGUUAGUCAACAAACUUUGGAUAUUCAUAUGCGCACUCACUAUGGCCUUAAGCCACACAAAUGCCCCAAAUGUGAAGAUGCUUUUGAUAAAACCCCAAUUUUGCUCAAACAUCUCAAUGAAGUUCACGGCGAGAAAGAAUUAAUUAUUACUUGUGAAUAUGAAGAAUGUAGGCAAAGAUUUAGCAGUAGUCGUACCUACAAGAACCACUAUCGACAAAAUCACAUAACCCAAGAGUCAAAUCAAAGACUAGCCAAAUCUAUGGCUAAAACUCCUUACCGACACGUAUGCGAAGAAUGUGGCAAAAUGUAUACAAAACUGCAAACUUUUAAAGAACAUAAAUAUACUCAUGGGCCCAAGGAACUAUAUCCAUAUCAAUGCGAUGAAUGUGACAAAGCAUUUGUAAAGCAAAGGACCUUUAACGAGCAUAAGCAAAGACAUGCAGGCAUUAAGAAUUUCGAAUGCCAUCAUUGUGGUGCAAAGAAAACCACGAAAAAAGAAUUAAGAUCUCACAUGAACAGUCAUACGAAAGAACGGCAAUAUCCCUGUCCCAAUUGUCCCAUGGUAUUUUAUAGGUCUAGUAAUCGCCGCAUUCACGUAGAUGUUGUCCACCAGGGCAUACGGAGAUUUGCUUGUCGUUUUUGUGAUCAAACUUUUGGCAAAGGUGAUAAUCUAAAAAAUCAUGAAUUACUGCACACGGGUGAGAAACCACAUGCAUGUACAGAGUGUGGCAAAAGAUUUGUACAAAGAGUAUCAUUAAGAUCCCACAUGAAAACUCAUAACAAAUAAAGAUUAAUUUUUUCAUUUUAUCUUAGCUGAUAUUUUGUAAUAAAUUUAUAAUAAUUGUGGACACAUGCAAACUCAUUUCAGUUUAAAUACCUCUUUUAAUUUUUUUUCUUAUGGGCUUAAUUUAUAGACACUGAAUUAUUUUUUUUUUAUUUAUUUUGUUCAAAGAAAUAGGUAUUUCAUUUUUCCACCACAAUUAUUCACUCUGUUGUAAAAUAAUAUCAACAAAAACAAAGGAAACGCUACAAAAGAACCGUUAUUUGAGUGAAAAAAUUAAGGGCUACCAGAUUUAGGCAAAUGAACAAAAAUGCUCAUUUGCCAAAAAAAAAAACGGAAAUAGGUAAUUUGGAGAAUUACAAAUGUAUUCAAUUCAAAUUACAUAAUGUAAAUUUUUAAAAGUAUAAUUUAGCCAAAAUAUAAGGUUUUGUUAUAAAUUAUAACAUAUAAUAUGGCAAGAAACGAAAUCGUAUACAUAUGUAUUUACAAUUGUAACCGUAGACGUUGAUUGUGACUAUGUAAAAAAUGUCGUAAAAAAGUCGAUAAUUUAGUCAAAAAGGAAGAAAACUUUGAGAAAUCAAUAGAUUUAAAAAAAAAAUGCGAAAUAAAUAUACAACAACAAUUUAACACGUAACAAUGUUACGAACUUAUACGAUAAAUUCCAGUAAUUUUUGGUAAAUAUGGACAACAAAUAAAGUACGGAAUGGGGUAAAGGAUCACAAAUGAAUUGUUGCAUACUGGAGCAAAACAACAUAAAAGUACGGAAUGGGGUAAAGGAUUUCUACAAAAGUUCCUACUUCUUAUUUUAAAUAUUAUGCAUGUUGAAAGCAAAGAAAUAAAUAGAUAUUCUAAUCUUUACUAUUUUAUAAAUAUUACAUUAUUUUUAACCAAAAUAUUAUAUGACUUUAAAACCCAUUCGAAAAACAUUUUAGACAUUCCGAUUGAAAGUUAAAUUUAUUCUGAAUUCUAAAUUUUUUUGCCAAUAAUUGAAUUUUUCUUUUAAUAUACAAAACUUAAAUUAAUAACACUUUUAAACUAAA